CAGCCAAGUACGGCGAGACUGACACGACCGAAGCCUCUUUCCAGAACUGAAACUCGUCGAGGAUCUCGUACUCUUCAUUUUGUUACUGUUUGGGUUUUGUUUCUCCGAUAAAUAGUUUGAAGGGGUAGAUUCCGAAAGAAACCGCGCUGAUCGAAUCCCGGAAAAUUAUUCUAAGGGAUAAGAGCAACCAGAAUCCAGGGUCAGGAAACGUAGAUCUCUGCAAAACCCAUGCAGUUUGUGAUUUUUUACCCCGAAAAGAUGGGGGUAAUAGGGAUGAGGGGAGCUCUCGUUGUUGUUCUCGUGGCUCUGUGUUUGAUCCCCCAAGUGGUGUUUGGGAUCAGAUUUGUGAUUGAUAGAGAAGAAUGCUUCUCUCAUGAUGUUAAGUAUGAUGGAGACACGGUCCAUGUUUCCUUCGUCGUGAUCAAGUCUGAUUCGUCUUGGCGUAACAGCGACGAUGGAAUUGAUCUUGUGAUCAAGGGGCCUAAUGGUGAGCAGAUGCAUGAUUUUCGUGACAAAAUCAGCGAUAAACAUGAGUUUGUGGCUCGUCAGAAAGGAGUCUAUCGAUUUUGCUUCACAAAUAAGUCUCCCUACCAUGAGACUAUAGACUUUGAUAUUCAUGUAGCCCACUUCUCGUACUAUGAGGAGCAUGCAAAGGAUGAGCAUUUGAAGCCUCUGAUAGACGAGAUAUCGAGGUUGGAGGAUGCACUGUACAACAUCCAAUUCGAGCAGCAUUGGCUAGAAGCACAGACCGAACGCCAAGCUUUAAUAAAUGAUGCAAUGGGGCGAAGGGCUGUUCAGAAGGCAUUUUUUGAGUCAGCGGCACUCGUCGGAGCCAGUAUUCUUCAAGUGUUCCUUCUUCGACGCCUCUUCGAACGAAAGUUGGGCGUCUCUAGGGUCUAGGUGAUUGCCGACAUGAAAUACAUUUGGAUAUAUGCCCUAGUUACUCAGCUUGUUGUUGGACUUCCUGUUGCAUUGCUUAGCGAGAAGAACAAGACUUUGUACACUAGUAGAACAAUUUGACACAAUCUUAAGUUAUACUGGAAAUGACAUUAAAAUUGCUUCCUUUAACCUCUUACCGAGUCCAAGUCCUUUCCGAGUUUCCGUGUUUCACCAGAAGCAUGAUGAGAUAUCUGACACUAGUCGUGAAGUGAUCAAACUGUGCUGGCCGUUUGCCCAAAACACAAGUCAUCACGAACUAGGUUGAUAUGAUACACAAAUAUUAUGAAAUACUCGUGCUGGCCGGUUCGAGUAAGCAAAA